AUCAGUUGAAAAUUUAUUGUUCACGAAUCAAAAUCUAGAAAAAAAAUUGAAUAAAAUGACAAAGAUAAUUUUCGUAACUUUCCUUGCAUUAGUCGUAAUUGCAUAUUGUUCAGCGAAUAGCGUUGGAAGUCAAAGCGAUGAAGUGCCAAUUGUUGAAGGUGAAGAAAUGAUGGAUUUGCCAUCAUUCAAAGGUUGCAAUAAGAAGUGGAUUCCUUCAGUUGCUAGGAACGCUUCUUGCAGUAGAUGGUGCAAAAAAGAACAGAAAAUGUCAGGUGGAUCUUGUGAAGGAAAGGAUUGUGUUUGUAAGAAUGCAAAUUAAAGAAUAAUUUCAUGUGACAACUUUCUGAAUAUUUAAAUAAUUAAUCAGGAUUUGAUAAUGUUACAAUAUUUCAUAUUUGCCAAUAAAAACUUUUAUUAUUAAAAUGACA